AUGGCAUCGUCGAACGCAUGCAAGCCAUGUCCACCCAAGCGUAAGUCUACGUCAAAGAAGCGGCAGGGGGAUAACAAGGCACGGCGAAAGUUGGACAUGGGGGUGGACCCCCAGCCCAUCCCCGUAGAAGCACUGGAACCAAGCCUUCUAACCAGCACGAUGGAGUCGAACGACUUCAUAAAGCUAUUGGAGGAUAUUGAAGAGGAGCAAGCGAUGUUUGACAUCACCUCAUCGUGUCUGCCGGGCCCCGUCGCGCCCCCGUCGGACGGAGGGUUGCAACCGCCGCAGCCACCGUCGCAACAGCACCCGCCACAGCAGCAGCAGCCGUACGGUCGCCCAGUCCCAAUAUUCAUGCCGACCACGGUUAGCACGGUUGGGGCGUACGGUCUGGGACCGACGUUCGACGCCAAUCAACUCACCGGCGUCGGUCAGCAACUUGUCAGCCAACCCGUCUCUACGAGUCACUCCGUCUCUGCGAGCCACUCCGUCUCUGCGAGCCAGCCCGUCCCUGCGAGCCAGCCCGUCCCUGCGUGUCAGCCCGUCCCUGCGAGCCAGCCCGUCGCUGUGAACCAGACGCCAUCCGCCGACGCCAUGAAGGAGAAGAACCCCACCCCGUACAAAGGGGGGUUCUACACCACCACUGGGGCAAACUCCGAAGAGCCCCUGAAGAAACGCAAGUUGAAUCGGAAAUGUAAAGGUUGCGGACUGCUCGCACGGGAUCAUCCAGGCGAAGUCACGUCAAAAUACUGCACGGGGCCCCCGCCACCAACGACGAUAGAGUCGACAGAGACGGCAGAACAGACAGAACAUGACCUCGAAACGCUCCAGGAGCAGCACAAGGCCUUAGCGGCGGCCAUGGAGAAGGCCAAGGAGGUACGAGACAUGGAGCCAGCUUUGCGGGCACUUAAGACGUCGGCACCGCCACUAACCACCGGGCGAUCAUCUCUCGAGCUACUGCAGCCUUUGAGGAGGAUAGGAGGCAGCGUCUUCAUGCUGCAAGAGUCAGACGGCACAACGCAGGAACGUCAGCAGUUCUGA